UAUUGGAAGCGGGGGUGUGUCGUGUGUAUGUGUUUGUUUCGUGCGUUUUCGUUGAAAAAUUGAUUAAAUUGUAUGAAAAGAGUAUAAAUGUCCGAAUAAAAGGAUUAACGUGGGUGUGUGCUAUAAACUGAAGGACUUACUUCAGAGUUCAAGUGCUGAAUAAUGCAGUCGCUACACGGAAUGAAAUAUUUUGUAGCUGGUAGUGACGUCACAAGGCAGCAAUACGAAGUCAACGCAGCCGCAAACCCAUCCGCUGCUAUCAGUAUGAAAACAAACGCGCAGCUAAACGGGCAGCAGCGGCGCAUAUACACCUCAACCCCCAUCGCAAACAGACGUGAAUCGCAGCAACAGCGGAACGACGACGACGCCAUUGGUUUUUGUAAUUUAGCCAAGGCAACAGCGAAGCGUUACAUUUGCGUGGGCGGUGUCAAGGGGCAAGAGUUGACCUUCGAUGUGCGGCUAAUAGUGAUAAUACUCCUAUUUGCCAUCAUAAUUAUCGGCUACAGACUUAUCAUCAUCAUGUUAGCAAUGCCCUACAUCAAUGGCAGCAGCGGGCAGCAGCAGCAACUGAGGAGCUAUGUGCAGGCACAGCUGAGCGCUGCCUUCGACUGGUCGGAGCAGCAUCAGGUGCGCUCCAAGCUGAGCCCAGUUCUGUGUGGUCUCCUCGUGGCUGCCUUUUUCUAUCUCAUCGUUUAUCUGGACAGCGCCGUUCCCGGAGUUGAUCCUCCAGCACCAUUCUCGCCACGUUCCAAGCAGCGCUAUCGUCAGAAGAGCUCAGCUUUGCAGCUAAACUAUUUAAUUGCGUUGGGUUCAGGAAUUUUGCUAACAUUUCUGAUGUAUGUCGAUUUGUGAAGAGAUAAGAACAUUUCCCUAAAGUCAAUUAUGGCAGCAGUAUAAGUAUUAAACAAAA